AUGGAGUCAUAUAUCCGUGAGAGCAAGAAGCUAACCUUCAAAGGUAGCAAAGGAAAGAAGUUACUCCGUUACAUAGAUAUCUCAUUGAACAACAAAGCCCUGCACGACAGUCACAUAGUCGAGUUGGUAAAAAUUUUAAAAAAGUACAUCAAGGUGGUAUACAACAAUUAUUACUGUCUUAAUAUAGACCUGAGCGAAAAUUACAUUACAUGCAGCGGAUUGAAAACGCUACUAAAGUUCAUAUUAAAUUAUAGUGAAAAUGUAGGAGUGCAUAUAUUGAAGUUGUACAAGAAUAACAUAAAGGAUGAUGGAGUUUCUUUGAUUAAGCAGUUGGUUUAUGUUCAGAAGAUACCUAUGGAAGAAUUACACCUGUCACACAACUUCGUACAAGAUAACACAUGCAAGGAAUUAUUACUAAGCUUCGUGCAAGCCAAGAAGGAAAACAAUUAUGUAUACCCUAGGUACGAGAAGUACCAGAACUCAUAUAAGCACUUAGAAAUUCCCGUGUGGAUAAGGUUAGAAUAUAACUGUAUUCAGAAUCCGAAGGAAAUAUUAAAAGAAGUGGAGGAAUUUGCAAAAAAGAAGAGAGGAUACAAGAGCAAUUUAAUUAUUUGUUCAGCUUUAAAAAGCGAUAAACGAUGUUGCCCGUAUAAAUGCCUAAAUGCCACAGUUAGGAACACGCCCAUCAUGCAUGUGUAUAUGUUCAUCCAUCAGAAGGAUAAUCCAGCUCAGUCCAUGUCUUCCAAUGGGAAGGUUAUGAAGGAGGAGAAAAAGAGGGAGUUAUCUUCUCCAUCGGAGGUUACUGAUACGGGUAAAGAACACAGCACUGUCCACGUGGAGGGUAAAGGUAAUACGAAGGAGGAGGAGGAUGAUGACGACAAGGACGCGGCACUCCCAUCCAAGGGGGAUUCAAAGGGAGAGAUGCGAAGUGGUGUCGUAAAAAAUGGUGCUAAGGGUUCAGUCAAGAAUGUCAUGAAAGGUGGCCUAGUCAAAUCUGGAGAAAACCAAACAGGCAAAGCCGAGGCGAAUACAAAGCCCAAAGGUAGGAAUGACAAGACAACCGUUGUUGGAAAGAAAUUACGGAAUUCGGCUAAGCGUCGUAUUAAGGGGAAGCUUGCUCUUGAUGCAAUUGCAGAGGAUGAUGAUGAUGACGAUUAUGAGGACAAUGAUGAUGGUAGUGACGACUCGGAUGAUGAGGAGGAUGACGAUGAUGGUAGUGACGAUUCGGAUGAUGAUGACGAGGAGGAUGAAACGGAUGAUGAUGAUGAGGAGGAGGAUGACGACGACGAUGAUGAUGACGAUGAUUACAACUAUGCACGGAAAAACGUUUUGAAGACGGGGUCAAAAAAAAACCUCAAGGGGAAGGAGAAAAACGAUCAAAUCAACAAGACUGUGUCCAUUUAUUCAAAAAAAAGUGCAGCCAUUUCGGGGGCGAAGACGAACGAGCAGGAUGAUGAAGAGGAGGAGGAGCAGGAUCAAGAAGGAGAAAACUCCCCCAAUGUAACUGACCCAGUGAAGAAGGAAGGGAAGAAGAAAAAAAAAAAAAAAAAAAAAAAAAAGGAAGAAAUGGCAGCGAGUCCACUAGAGGGGGGAUACGAGCAGGAGAAGGAUAAAAAGAAAGGGAAUGACCAAGGGGAUGAUGACAACAAAGACAAUGAUGACACGUUGAGACUGAAGAAGAGUCAUAUAGGCCAGGUGGGUGACCCCCUUCGUCUGGAUAAUUGUGGUGAGGAAGACACCCUUACCCCUGAAUUUACCCCCCACAAGAACGACCAUAUGAACCUGAUGAACGACACUGUCAGUAGCCUUCCACUGUACAUCAUCCUAGAUUGCACCGCUGUGUUAGACAUGAAGGAGUUAUGGAAGGAUAAUUCCUUUCUUCCGUUUAGUUUUCCCGGAUUACUUUACCUGUACAAUAACAAGCUCCUAAGGAGUAAUUCGAACAGAGCAAAGGCAAGUGGCAACGGAGUAACCUCUGCGGAGGGCAUGGCAAAUGACGCCUUCAUCUGUCUCAUGUGUAGUUACGUAGCUAAUGAGCUAAAGUUGGUUUGCCAAAAAAGUGAAUUGAUUAGACAGAAAAUGGUAAAUCUUAAAUUAAAUAUUUGGGACAAGCUAUCUGAAUUAGGUAUUAUUGAAUUUUUAAGUGUUCCAAAGGAUUUUAAAGAAAAAAAAAAAAAUUUUUUAAAUUCUUCCUUUUUAACAGAAGCACAAAUAAAGCUAGCGAAUGAAUAUUAUGGCAUAUCACAAGAAACUUUGCAGAUGAUUCAAUUUUCCAUUUUAUGGUCCACGUAUAUAUACAAAAUUGGGAAUAGAGAAAUAAUAAUUAAAAAUGAUGCUAAGGAGAUAAAUAAGGGAGAUGUGAGAAAGAGCAGAAAAACAAUUUUCACCGAGGUACUAUACUUGACAUCAUCUCCAAACAUAUAUUCCUUCUUUGAAUACCUGUAUGGGCAGGAUAUAAGUAUGAUUCUACCUUUAUGCGUUACGGUUAAUCAGAUUAACAAGUACAUUCAGGAUGAACACAGUUACAUUGUUGACGUACUGUCAAGUGGGAAAAGUGUGGAAGACAAGGGUGGCAACUUCUUCCUUGAUAAAGCAUUUUUCAAGACAUUUAUAAAGGAUAAGUACGCGAGGUAUUUGCCAGAUGUAGAUGAUGUGGCAACAACUGGCAGAACGGCUACCUCUGGUGGAAAGGCAAAGAAGAAGAAGGGUGUAAGUGCAGGAGAGAAACCAUUAGACAGUGCCACACCUAGCCGUGGAAAGAAAAACGACAAAUUGUUCCCUGUGGGAAAGAGAAGUGAUAACGAAUGUGUUAGUUCAAACGUGGAAAUUGCUGGAGACCAUAUCAAUAGCAAUGCAUAUGAUUACUAUGAUAUAAAAUCAGUGAAGUCCUUCUCUAAUGAGAAUAUCAGUAAGUUGUGUCAAAUGGAGGGUAAGAUUCAAGGCGGAGCACUAGACGUGGUAGGUAUGAGCGGAGGGGAGAGUUCAAUGCAUUACUUGAUGGAGGAUCAAAAGAAUGAAGGGCAUGCGAACACACGGAAGGGAAGAAUGACGGGACAAUUGGGAGGUAAUAAGCAUUCGCAUUUUAGUGACAACCAGGCAGGAGCGAAUAAAGGGGUUAAAAAUAACAUAGGUGGAAGGACGAGUGAGGAAGAAAGCCCCAAGGCAGGAGGAGAAAAAGGUAACACAGCGCCUGGUAUGUACGCAUCUGGAAUGGAGAACCAAGCGAUUGCUAACAGUGUUGGGAUGAUGGUGGCCCCGUCAGGUGAAUUGGAGAAGGAUAAUCCAACGAUGGUAACCCCACAAGGAGGCAAAGAGAACAAAAGGAGUUUAUACAGUAUGUUGGUGAAUGCUUUUAAUGGAAAGAAAAAGGGUACACAGAAGGGUGCCGAAGGAGGUGUGGCUAACGCCACAGAAAAAGGAGGUAACAACAUUUUUAUGGGUGUUGGUGCUAGCCAAAAUGUUAGGGACAGUGUAGAUCCUCUCCAGAGCCAUGCCGGUGUGUCGACCGAUUCGCAGGAAGUACAUCUUGAAGGGAGAAGAAGAGAGAACAACCAGAAUGAUGGAAUCAGUGCAAAUGAUGCAACCACCCACUCCCAACCGAACAUGCAUAAUAGUAAUAUGAAGAACACAAGUAUUGAUUUAAUGGAUCAACUAAUGCAUAGCGGUAAUGCAACUUCGGUAGGUCAGGUGAAGGUUACCAGUGGGGCAGUAGCAACUGCUGGUGUAGCAGGUCAACAGAUCAGCAUCCCCGCGAAUGAUAAGGUGGCAUAUUCUAGUAGUAAUAACAUUAGCGGGUCAAGCCUCCCCCCUGCACAUUCCUCUCUGUUCGCCUAUAACAACUCUAUACUGAAGACUGUGGUUCCAAGUGGAAAGGGAGGAGACAUGCCCUUCCAGGGUCCAAUGGGUACAGAUGGAAUGAACAGGGACAAGACUGGCGAAACCAUGUCCAAAGGGGGAGUGGCUCACUCCACCAUAGGAGGAAACGGCGAAGCUGGUAUAGGAGGAUUAGGAGGUGUAAACUGCCCUUUGAACAUGAAUGGUGGAGGAAUGGGUACCUUGCCAAAUGUGACAACACAAGGGAAUUCGAAAGAGGCACAGAAAAAGGGAGUAGACAGAAGAAUGGGUUCAGAUGUACUAAAGGUGAAUGAAGUGGAACUAAACAACUUUAUGGAAAGCAUCCCCAAAAGCUUCAAUGAUAGUUUAAGUAUGUAUCUAGAUAGUAGUAACAGAAACGACAAUUGUUAUGAUAGCAUCGUGGGAGGAGAAAAAAUAAUGCCCUUCUUUAAUCAGAACCUUCUGAAAGGUGAAGGGGAACAGGACUUUGCCAAGCUUCCCAUGAGGGCGGCGGAGCACAUCAGGACGGAGGAACAACAAACCAAGUUGAACGAGAUAAAAAAUGUUUUCGAUCUGUAUAAGGUGGAUAUUUUGAAUACCUCUCUCCUUCUGGAGGAGAUGAUUCUGAACCAAAACGUAUGUAAAUAUAUUCCAUCAGACCUGUACAACAAGAUUCUGAGGUGUUAUGAGCGACUGGACUGCCUGUUGACAGGCCUCAACCGAGUGGGGAACCUAAGCACCAUGGGUGGUAUAAAUCCCAUGGAUGGGAUGGGGGGUAUGAGUGGCAUGAACCAAGAUAUUUUGUCAGAAGAUUUUAAGAACUACUGGGACUAUGCCUUUUCGAAAAACGAGUCGAACCCGCUGUCCCUGUCUGCGAGGGAUCUGAUGGCGAGCGGCGGUGCGAAGAUGAACCUGGGUGGGAAGGUGGUAGAUGGAAGCGGUAUCGCUAAUGUUGGUAAUGUUGGUAAUGUUGGUAAUGUUAGCGGUGCGGCGGCGGUGCGCGAGGAUUUUAUAGAUGGCGGGAGGAAUAUGAGUGGCAACAAAAACGGUAACGUUACGAAUGCCAUGUUUUACAACACGGUGAAUGGAAACCGAGGGAGCAGUAGCGCGAUGAAGAGCAGCAUGCUAAAUUCCAGUAGCCAUAGUACAAGUGCGGGGAUGGGCGGAGGGAGUGGCCCUAUCUUGGCUAGCCAUCUGAACGGUCAGAACAAUGAUGCGAUGUCGUCCAAGAAAUCUAGGAAGAAACCCACCAUGAACACGAGUGUAGGGAAUGGUAACAACGUGGACCACGGGAUCAACUCGAUAAAGAACGGCUCAGCGCAGAAAAAGUAUAUGGGAGGAUUGACGGAUGGACUCAACAACACAAGUUUCAUGAACAACUCUCCUGGGGGUAAUGUAAGUGGAAAUAGAAAUAGCCAAAUCGGCGGAAACGCCAACUACAGCCUGGGUCAUGGUAUUCCCCCCAACCGAAAUACCAGCGGAAACCAGGUGAGCGGGAGAAACAAUGGCACUGGCUCGAACAACGCCAAGUCGAAGGACAUGAAGAACAACAACGCCAUCACCAAGGAUAUAAAUUUAAAAAAUAUAGACAUAGAUGAUUACAAGAGCGUGAACAAGCUUUUAGCACUUGGUGCGAAUGUGCAGAAUGUGAAAAUAAAUGGGGAGAAAAGUUCCUACCCUCAUGACGAAGUCCGAAGCGGUGGCAAUGCGGACACGGAGCACCCUGAACACUUCCCCCACAAAAUGAGCCACUACAACGAUGGAAAUGGCGGCGGUGCAUGUGAUUCGAAUUUGCUCGCCCUGAUCCACAUGAAGAACAACAUGAAAAACGGCGUGAACAGUAACGGGGGGCAAAAGGUAGGAGCCAACAACAGCACUGCCAACGAGUUAAAUGGGCUUCGGAAUACCAAUUAUAAAAAGGUUUUCAACAAUGAGACCAUUGGUCUCUUUAACAAUCCAGGCAACAAGAAUGCCGUGAAUGAAAUGAACUUAAAAUAUCUGGAAGUGCUGAACAGCCAGUUUAGCUUUUCCCCACGAGAGAAUAGAAAAAACGACUGCGACCCGAACGCUCUCAACAGCAGCAUGAUGAAUUUUCAAAACGACUUGGAAAAAAAAUACAAGAAUCCAUUAGUGGAUUUAUGCGACAAGGGAAACGUGAAAAAGUUGUGA